CCCGAACGGAACUGGCUUUGUUUACUUCCAUUCACUGAUCAGAAUCUGAACAAAUCCCUCGAACCUCAGACUCACGCGUUUCCCGCAGUCACACGCGCUUCGGCUGCAAACAUCAAACCGUCCCCGCACUUUUCACGCGGUCUGACCCAAAACCGAAGCGCACAGAUGCAGCUCUGAGGCUCGGGAGGCUCGGUCCGAUAGUCCGGGUUUGGACCUGGGUUUGGACCUGGGUUUGGACCGAAGAUAAACGCUCCUGGACCUGGUUUGGACUCGAGUUUGGACCUGUAAAAGCUCGGUUUUUGAGUCCGGUCGCCACCCGGGUUGGACCUGGGUUUGGACCUGUGAAGGCUCGGUUCUUCAGUCUGGUUUGGACCCGGGUUUGGACCUGUGAAGGCUCGGUUCUUCAGCCUGGUUUGGACCCGGGUUUGGACCUGUGAAGGCUCGGUUCUGGAUCUCCGGUUCCCCGCUGCGUGUCGGUUCGGCCCGGGGGCAGAUGGAUGCGCUGCGUGAGUCCGUGCUGGUUCGGCUCCAGGCGGUUCUGAGCCCGGCCCACCCCGCCCUGGACGCCACGCUGCGGGCGGUGCUGGGCUGGAGGCUGGAGGCGGCGGCGCAGGACCUGAUGGAGAUCUUCCAGCGGGCCGUGGAGAAGGUCCAGGCCGAGCUGCACGGCGAGCUCCAGCGGCAGAGGAAGCUCCUGGACACGCUGCUCCAGUCCACCGAGAAAACAGAACCAACGGAACCAACGGAACCAACAGAACCAACGGAAUCUACAAAACCCGAGGAGGAGAGAAGAACACAGGAGCCGCAGCCAGAGCCCGAACACACAGAAAACCGGGACUCGUCUCAGAAAAGCCAGAGGAAACGCGGCCGAAAACCCGGAUUUAAGAUGGAGCGAAAACAGAGCCCCAAAGUCGAGACCUUCACCUGUCACCUGUGCUCCGCCCACUUCAGUCACGUGACCACCCUCUGGAGACACCUGAGGAGCCACCGCAGCGACGCCACCAAUCAGGGAGAAGGAGGGGAGCAGGCGGCCAAUCACAGCAGAGCGCACACAGACUACCUGUACCUGGACACAUCGAACAGUCAAAGCCCCGACAGCCACGAGGAGAGAGGAGACGAGAAAGGAGACAAGGAGGUAGGAGACAAGGAGGUAGGAGACAAGGAUGAUGAAUGGGUCGUGGCCGAACCCGAAGACGACUCUGAGACCGAAACGAAACCACGGAAAAAACGAAAGAAACGAAAACCAGAAACCAAACCAAGAGCCAAGAGGAAAACUGCAGAACAGAAGUCUUCGUCGUCUGAGGGCGUGCAGAAGAGGAAGAGUAAAGGGGGGGGUGUGUGUCGUGUGUGCGGCGCAGAGUUCCACAGGAAGAUGGCGCUGGUGAAGCACGUCAUGUGUUUCCACGGCGACGGCGGCGUGUGCGGUCUGUGUGGGAGGUCAUGUGACACGGAGGCGGCGCUCACGGAUCAUCUGCGGGAACACUACGACGACAACCGCUUCUCCUGCUCCGUCUGCGGGAAGCGUUUCCCGGCGCACGCGUCGCUCUUGAUGCACGAGCGCGUCCACACGGGCGAGAGGCCGUACAGCUGCUCCAUCUGUGGAAAAACCUUUAACCAGGGCGGGAACCUGAAGACUCACCUGAAGAUCCACUCCGGAGAACGUGCCUUCACCUGUCACCUGUGUGGGCGGGGCUUCACCCAGAAACAGACGCUCCACGUGCACGUGCGCUUCCACCUGAAGGAACGCUCCUACCUCUGCCAGGUGUGCGGGAAGGGCUUCAUGCAGCACGUGGACCUGAAGCGUCACAUCCUGGUUCACUCUGGAGAGAAGCCGUACGUCUGCUCCAUCUGCAACAAGAGCUUCCAGGCCAAACGCUCCCUCAACAUCCACAUGAGGGGCCACCAGGGGGCGCCGGGGCCAGAGCCGCCCAGAGGGGGACAGGGCGCCGCCGACGUCGCCAGGGAGACAGAGGGAGUGGGGGUGGGGGCGGAGGUCAGGGGGCGGGGCCGGAGGAGAGCGCGCACGUGA